AUGGGUUCAUGGACGGAUGGCGUUAUAUGGAAUGGCUCUAGGAAGGAAGAGAGGAAGGAUUGGCGUUGGGCGGAUAUCUCAAAUGUGACAUUUCUCUUCUUUAUACAGUCGGUGCUCUAUGUGCUUUUUAUUUUUGUUUCUAUUUCAUUUCAUAGAUUGGGCGACGGGGUGGAGUUUCAGACAUUUGCUUUUUCAUGGGUGGAUUCUAUCGUGGGAACGCCUGAGAUUUUCUUGACCGCUUUGGUGGAUGGAUAACGGGAACAUGCUUUGCUUCAUUUUCAUUUUCAGAUUCUCGAUAUUUUCAUUUUUUUCCCUCA